AUGGCUUCUCUUUCUCCCCAAGCUGUGACUGCCCUCAAAGAGAGAGUAGAUGCGGCGUGCGUCGACCAGGAAAAGGGUAUCCCAGGUGCAGUGGUGGUGGUCGUCGGCAAGGAUGGCAAGGAGCAUUUUGCGCACGCGAGUGGAAAGCGAGGGUAUGGCUCUGAGGAGUCAAUGACGCUCGACAGUAUCUUCUGGAUUGCUUCGUGCACGAAGAUGAUCACGGGAAUUGCGUGUAUGCAGCUUGUCGAACAGGGAAUAUUGAACUUGGACGAUUCCGACCAGCUUGAGAAGAUAUGCCCCGAGCUGAAAGAUGUGAAGGUGUUGCAGGAUGAUGGGAGUUUGGUCGAGAAGCGUAGGGGAAUCACGCUGAGGAUGCUAUUAAACCAUACCGCUGGCUUUGGCUAUACAUUCUUUAAUGAGAAGUUGAGAGACUACAGCAAGCCGAUUGGCUAUGAUGAGUUCUCAGGACACAUCUACGAUAUGCUGCAGCCAUUGGUUCAUCAGCCUGGGGAGAAGUGGGAAUAUGGGGUAAACAUCGACUGGGCAGGUGUCAUGGUGGAGCGAGUCACGGGGCACUCAUUGAACGAUUAUUUCCACCGCAACAUCUUUGAGCCCCUCGGGCUGAAUAACAUUUCGAUGUUCCCAUCGGCAUCACUGAAGGAGAAUUUGGCGUACAUGAAUCAGAGAGACCCUGAAGGCCAACUCUCCGGUCGAGACCACCUGCUUCGGCGGCCUCUGAUUGUGCGGACCUCCGAGGACAUCAAGACAUGCUUCAACAGUGGUGGAGCGGGCUGCUUUGCUAAACCACAAGAAUAUUGUCGUAUGUUUGUCUUGGACUAUGCCAUUUCUGAAAAAAUACUGAUAGUCUCUACUGCGGCAGAAAUCCUUGCUACGCUCCUAAACGACGGCACCUCCCCCAUCAACGGCAAGCAAAUACUCAAGAAAGAGACAGUCGACGAGAUGUUCCGCAAUCAGAUCCCCAAUCUUGCCAACUUCGCGGCACAGACAAUUCCACCAUCGAAGCCUGAUCUCACCAACAAGAUACCUCAUCUAUACCCAUCAUCGACACCUCAGGGGUGGGGACUCACAUUCAUGCUGACGGGAGGACCCACGGGACGGUCUGAAGGGACCGCCCACUGGGCAGGACUUGCGAAUCUCUGGUGGUGGUGUGAUAGGGAGAAAGGGGUCGCAGGGAUGAUCUGUACUCAGGUCUUGCCCUUUGCCGAUCCUCAGGUUCUGAGUCUUUGGGUGGAUGUGGAGUCUGCUGUCUACCGUGGCCUGGCUGAAGUGUAG